CAAAACAUAAAACAAAACCUCUAAAGAUAGCUUCUUUGUCUUUUGCUUUGAAGAUCUUGAGACAGAGAUUCCCAUGGCAGGCCUUCAAUGGAACUUCUUCCCUACCGAUAUCUUGUACCCUAAAACACAAACCUCAGGAACCGAGACCACAACUCUCAAAGUAGCUGUUCCUCUGCAAACUCAAAAGAGAGAUCAUGAUGAGGGUAGCAAUCGCAAUGGUCUUCUUCAGUACAAUUUCUUCCCUACUGAUUUCUUCUAUCCUAAACCACCACAAGCUGCCCCGGCUCUUCCGAUGAAAGCUCUUGGAGAUUUCGCUGAUCGUGAUCCUCUUCAACGACCAAACAUCAAGUCUUCUUAAUUAGUGGUUCCAGAAAGCAGGGGAUGAGCAAUAAACCGGGGAUUGUUGGAGAAAUUGAAGUUGUGUGAAAGAAUAAUUGAGCUUUUCUAGCAUUGAAAGACAGAGAUUCUUAUGAUAAUUGUGUAUUUGAUUGAAAUUGAUUAUCAAAUCAAGUUAUUUUGAGAUGGGUAAUUUUUGUU